AUGUGCUCGCUCUUCAGAGUACUAGGCCUACGUACCAGAGAAUCACUGUCUCUGAAGAUCUACAGAGAAUCACUAUCUCCUGAGAAAUUUACAGCAAGAAAGCCUUUUAUAAUCUGCAGUUCAACAGAAAGAGAGAAAGAACUAGAAGGUGCACAUUCACCCGACAUGGAGUCAGUCAGUAAGGUCCCGAGUAUAUCUUCUUCUGUGCCGGUCUUUAUCACAGUCAAUGCAGUUGCUCCCAACUACAACUAUACAGCGCGCAGGGCUGUGGUGGUGUAUCCAACCAAAAAAGUUACAUUAAUACAAUUGGAACGGUCUUCUUACAAGCCCGGACAGAAAGUGCGUUUCAAUGUGUUUUCAUUGGAUAAUAACUUGAAACCAGUAGAGGACAAGUAUCCUAUUAUCUACGUAACGGAUCCUGCUGGAAACCGGCAAUUUCAGUGGACAAACCAGGAAACAAAUAACAGCAUUCUUGCCUUAUCCUUCGAUUUACUCCCUGACCCAGAGCUCGGGGCAUACAGAAUACAAGUUCAAAGAGAGUCUGGAGAAUCCGUUUCCCAAAUUGCCAAUGUUGAAAAAUAUGUUUUGCCUAAAUUUACAUUUGAAAUAUCAGGUCCCAAUUCCAUAACCACCAUGGACGAGAUGUUUGCAAUCCAAGUCAAAGCCAAGUAUAGCUAUGAACAGCCACUCCCUGGGAAAGUUUCAAUCAGAACUUGCAGACAGUCAAUCAAUUACUACAGAGGAAAUGCCUGCAACAGGAAUCCUGAUGGUCUUUGCUCUAUCGUCACUGGAAAUUUGGACUCUGAAGGUACAUUCAAUGGAGAACUUGACCUGGCACCUUUCCAGCUUGGUCUGUCAGGAUACACUAUGUCAAUGAAUAUGGAUAUAAUUGUGACUGAAAAUGGUACAGGAAUUCAAGCAAAGAAGACAAAGGUUAUAGGCAUUACUAAUCAGAUGGCCCGGGCGUUUUUUAACCGUAAGAACAUGGAACUGCAAUUCAAAAGAGGAAUUCCGAUGUAUGUAGAGGUUGCUGUUGUAGAUGCUCAUGAAAAUCCACUGAGUGAUCAGAUAGUUGAAUUGAAACUAAAUGGAGUAACUCUUAAGAAUCUGACCACAAAUGCCAAUGGCACAGCCCAGGACUUCAUUGAUACAUCUGAUCAGGAUAAAUCACAGAUCAGUAUCGAGGUCAGUUACAAGAACUCUGAAGAAUGUCACGACCCCAACUUUAUUACUCCCACUUAUUCCAAUGACUUCUACACAGCCGAACGGUACUAUUCUCCAUCUGCAAGCUUUGUGCAUAUAGAAGGACCCAAAGAGGAGCUUCAAUGUGGGCAAACAUAUACUCUUACUGCCAAGUACAUAUUUGGCCGUUCAGGCCUUCAAGAAGGGGAAACCACCGCAGAUUUCAAAUACAUAAUAAUGUCAAGGGGAAAGAUUAUGAGGUUUGGAACUUUCUCAGCAGAUCUGACCAACUCUCUGAAAGGAGAAUUUACAAUCCCCGUAGAGGUAACUGUAGACCUUGUUCCGGUUAUUGACAUUGUUGUCUACUGCACAUUGGAGAAAGAGGUUGUGACACACACCCUUCGCCUCAAUACUGAAAAAUGCUUCAGGAACAAGGCAUCCUUGCAUUUCUCAGAAGAAAGAGCAAAACCCGGUUCCACUAUUAACUUGAACAUUACAUCAUCACCAAACUCUCUUUGUGCCAUGAGGGUCUAUGAUUCAAGUCUUCAGUUUCUCCGCCAAGAAAACCUUCUCACACCUGAAACGGUGUAUUCAUCUCUACAAUACAAUAGUCUGAAUGGAUACUAUUUUGAGGGGUACAACGUAGCUCCACAAGACCCUCCUUGUGUUGAUGGUAGUAAACAAUACCUGAUUGAUGGUUUGUACUAUUCACCUGUUGAGUCCCCGAAUGAAAGAGACACCUUUGAGCAGUUAAGCAGCGUCGGCUUGCAUUUUAUUACAAGUAUAAGAUUGAAAAAACCUACCUUGUGCGGUGGAUCAAUUUUUGUCAACAACAAUUUUAGACGGCCCGGACUUGCAUUUGAUUCCUCCUCAUUUGCGUCAGAAAGUUCGUCCUUCAGCAUCCUGAAUAGCCCUAACAUCCUGAAUAGCCCUAACAUCCCGGGUGGUGAGAUCCGAAGUGUGCGGACAAUCUUUCCUGAAGUGUUGCUCUUUAGUCAAGCGCAAACUGAUGAAAGUGGUUCACAGUCAGUGGCAGUGGAGGUACCUGGCACUAUCACUAAAUGGAAUGGUGAAAUAGCCUGCAUGGAUUCUAACACUGGAUUUGGAAUGAACACAUCCCCGACCAGCUUCACAUCCUUCCAGGAGAUGUUUGUAGAUGUUGCUCUUCCUUAUUCCUUACUCCGAGAUGAGACUGUAGUUCUAAAUGCUGUAGUGUCAAAUUUUAUGGACAAGAGUGCUAAGAUUCGUGUAACAGUAGCGCCUUCUGCUGACUACACAGUAGAAUCACUGGAUGAGGAACUAGUCAAAUGUGUUUCUUCUGGGGGAAGAGCUUCGUUCUCCUUCAGCAUGAAAGCCCAAGCAAGCGACAUCAUAUCAGUCAAUGUAACUGCAGAAACGGUUGGAAUUGGAGAUUCAUGUGACAAUCCCGAUCCCAAUGAGCCCGCGCGUAUAGAUACCGUCUUACAUUCAGUCAUUGUAGAGCUGCCAGGCAUUCCCAAAGAAGAAACCAAGACCUCCUUAGUUUGUGUACAAGAUUCAACUACAGAGACUCCCGUAAGCAUUUCACUUCCUGCAAAUUCUGUGGAGGGUUCGGUAAAAGCAACAGUUACAGUAAUAGGAGACCUUGUGGGUCGUGCGAUAGUCAACCCACAGUCUUUGACCAAUGAGCCCACAGGAUCUGGUGAACAGAAUGUCGCCACCUUGAUGCCAAUACCUGUAGUUCUUCAAUACAUGAAUAUAACCGGGCGCCUGACAGAGGAGGCUAGAUCCCGAAGCGUGGAGUUUAUGGGGAUUGGUUACAGGAGGCAGCUGCGCUUCCGAAAUUUUGAUGGAAGUUUCAGCUCUUUUGCAGGAGGAAAAUCCAGUUCAUGGUUGACUCUACGGACGCUGGAAACGUUUCAGUCCAUUGAGCCGUACACCUUGGUAGAACCCAAAAUAGUUAACCAAGCCUUGGUGUAUCUAGAAGGACUGAUGGAUCGGAACACUGGGGCUUUCAAACCUCAAGGGUCUCCGAUUAACAAUGCCCUGAUGGGCGGUGCUGAAGAUGAUGUCGCCUUUACUGCGUUAGUUGUAAUUGUCCUGCUCCAGAGAGAUUAUGCAGCAGCUCCCACACUACUUCGUGAUGCCAUGAAAUUCCUGGAUGAAGCCUCUCGCAGGAAUCAAAAUGUCUACAAUAAGGCUCUGCUAUUCAACGCUUUCGUGGUGGCUGGGAAUGAGGAGAGAAGCAAUGCUAUAUCUGAGCAGCUAAAAGAAGAGCAGAUAGAACAAGGAGGCACCAUUCACUGGGAGUAUCUCAACAAACCAAACAACCCAACAUCCUCUGUAUUCUCUCCGCGCGCUUCAUCCAGAGAUAUCGAGAUCACAUCCCUCGUACUGCAGGCAUAUUCCAUAAGAUUAAGAAAAUCUGAAUCCACAGAAGAUCUCAACUAUGUGUCAAAGAUCGCUCGCUAUUUGUCUGAGCAGCAGACCUCCCUUGGAGCAUACAGUUCGACAUUGGACACCGUGACUGCCAUAAAAGCCUUGUCUAGCUAUGGUGCAUUGGUGUACCAACCAGAUGCGAAUAAUGUUGUUGAAGUAAAAAAGGGAAAUGAGGUCGUCAAACAAUUCACCCUCGACUCUGCAAACAGGAACAUUCUGCAGACUCAUUCUCUGGCCAACAUAACUGGAGAUUAUAACAUGGUCGUCAGUGGAAAGGGUUGUGUCCUGCUCCAGACCACGGUGAACUACAAUAUUCCAGUGAAAGAGGAAGACUCUGCUUUCCAAGUGUCAGUUUCUAUUCCUCCUGAGAGCUGUGUGGACGGAGUGGCCUACACCAUGCCUGUGCACAUAAAUGUCAGUUAUAAUGGCCCCAGAAAUGAGUCCAACAUUGCCAUAAUAGACAUCGCAAUGCCCUCUGGGUACAGUCCGGAAUUCGAGUCAUUAACCCAGUUGAGAAGCCAUGUGGCCAAAGUGGAAGAGAAGAACGAUCACCUCAUCAUCUAUGUUGAAAAAUUCCUCAAAAACGACGUCUUCGCCUUCAAAAUUACACUACAGAUGGGUUCAAGGUUGCAAAACUUUCAGCCAAAAUAUGUCCAUGUCUCGGACAUCUAUGAGAAAGAGGAGAAUGGUAUAGCACUUCUCCGCCAUCCCUGCUCUACCCAGUGAUCGGAGGAGAAUAUGAAGGAUCGUCUCUUGUAGAAUUUCGAGCCUAUCCCUGUACUUAAAGCGCCACUGCUCAGUCACACCCUGAUGAUGUCAUCUCCUGUGGACAUGUGUAUGAUAUCUGCUGCCUAAGUACUUGGAGAAAACUAAUAAACUUGAAAUACUGCAUUA